CCCCCCCCGGCCAGCAUCGUCGUGCAUCCCGCUCCGACUCUCUCAGCUCCGACCUCACUGGCAAUCUCUCUGGCCGUUCUGUCUCGCUCCCACCUGCUGCCAUUCCUGCCUGCUGCAAUGUCGUUUCGCGAUAUGAUCGGCGCCGGUGGCGAGUGCUCUGCCAAUGGCAACUCGCUCGCAAAGCUGUCCAACCAUCUUCAGGCUCCCAGCAGCAGUUCCUUUCGUGCACCUCCGAGUCUCAUCAACGCCGAAGAAUAUCUCCAAAAUCCUCUGAACAGACCCCCGCGUGAAGGUGUCUUCGAUCCAGCCGAGUUUACUCGGGAUUUUCUCGGCUCCUCCCGCCCUGGUGCCCCGCGGCUCGCAGGUCCCAGAGAGCCCUUCCAGCUCGACGCCGUCCAUCGAGAGCUGGAGCGCACUCUGGACCGAGAGCGACCAGUGGAACCCUCUGCCUCUGGCUGGGCCUCCGAAUUCAACCGCUUCAAGGGCAAGCACGUUCCAGCUGCAUCCCAGUUCGAUCCACAUUUCGAAACAGCCUUCCAGCAGGCUGCCCUCGCCUCUUCGAGUAUUCAGGUCCGCGAGUCGCAAUCCGGGCCGAUCGUGGACGAUGCCGCCCAGAGGGCCUUUGACCAGGUUUUCGAGCAAGUCUCGCAGCAGCACGCCGUCGACUGGACCCAGGAGUUCCAGGCCGCGCAUUCGACUGCUGCUUUGCUGCAGAACGAGUCGAGCGUGGCGUGGGCCGACGAGUUUGCAGCGCACACAAGCCAACCCUUUGCCGGCUCUGCGGACGAGCAGCAGCUCAACGAAUCUUUCGAAAAGGUCUGGCAGAAUAUCAAGGACCAGAUGCCGCUCCGAGGCGACGGCCUGGGCACAGACUUUGUCGAUCCGUCGUGGGAGGACGAGUUUCUCGGAAACAACUCGACGUGGCCGGUGCAAGACUUUAACGACGUCAAGUCGAUACCAUAUCAGUUUGAGAGCGACAACCCUUUCCUCAACCACCCGGAUCCGUUCUCGGAGGCUCUGCGGCUCUACAACGAAGGCGGAAAUCUGUCGGAUGCCGUCCUGGCGCUCGAGGCUGUCGUCCAGAAGCAGAUCGACCACAGCGAAGCGUGGAUGCUGCUUGGUCAGAUCCAGGCCGAGACUGAGCGGGAGAUUCCUGCGAUCGCAGCGCUGCAAAAGUGUCUCGAAAUCGAUCCCAGCAAUGCCGAUGCCCUGCUGGCUCUGGCUGUCAACUACACCAACGAAGGCAUGAACAACGAAUCGUAUCUGACCCUCGAGCGUUGGGUCCAGACAGCAUAUCCAACGCUGGCGUCCUGGCGUGAGUCUCGGCUGUCGCCAUUCUUCUCCGAGAACGAUGUGCGCCAGCACGUCAUGACGCUCUACCUCGAGGCAGCACAAAAGGGCCCGUCGGCGGGCAUGCAGCGCGACGGCAAGACGAGCACCAACGGACAGAUCGAUGCCGAUGUGCAGGUCGGGCUCGGGGUGCUCUGCUACAACCUCGGCGAGUUUGACAAGGCCAUCGACUGCUUCACGUCCGCGCUGUCGGUGCAGCCAGACAACUACCGGCUCUGGAACCGGCUGGGCGCCACGCUGGCCAACUCGGGAAAGAGCGAGCAGGCAAUCGAGGCCUACCACCGGGCGCUUCAGAUCAAGCCGACGUUUGUGCGGGCGCACUACAACCUCGGCAUCAGCUGCAUCAACAUUGGCUGCUACAAGGAGGCCGCAGAGCACCUGCUGGGAGUGUUGCAUAUGCAGCACUCGGGCGUGCUCCAGGGCCGGCAUGCCGACGACUGGGGAGGGCAGAGCGUCUGGGAGACGUUGCGCCGCGUCUUUACGUUGAUGCACCGGGAGGAUCUGGUCCAGAAGGCAUUUGACCAGCCCGACCUGGCGCUGUUCCGCGGCGAGUUUGAGUUUUAGGCUCCGGCGUCGUGGGCGAUCAGCGUGAUGAGCACCUUGUAGUUGCCGAGUUUUGCUUCUUUUAUUUUAUUUUAUUUUAUUUUAUUUUUGAAACAUGCUGAACUAAGUUCGGGAGCCCAGUCG